UGUCUGGUUUCCGGCUAAAAUAAAAUGGCUGCCUCCAUUUAGACGAACGCCUAGACGAAGGAAAAGCUACCAAAAAUGUAACGUCUUUAUUUUCAGAUUACUUCUGAGGUACACUAACAGAAACCAAAAUAGCCAUGUCACUAGUAGCCCGCCUUGGACAUAGAUUCAGAUGUCUGGAUCCCCACCAUCAACCGUGUGUCUUAACCCAUAUUCUUCAACAGAUGAGGACCAAAAGUUAUCCUUUUAGAACAGCAUUUCAAUCAAGAACUGUCUGUUUCAUUCCUAAAUCAAACACAAAUACAAUUGUUCAUAGAUUACAGUCGUUGUGUAAUGUGCAAUGUCUUCGUCCAAGCCAAUAUAUUAUAACCAGAUGUGUAGCCAUGAACUCAAAGGAAAGACUUCAAGCUCAAAAAAGGAAACAUAUCACCUUAUAUCUGAUGUCUAUGAGCCUAUUCAUGCUGGGAAUGGGUUUUGCUGCUGUGCCUUUGUAUCGAAUCUUUUGUCAGGCAACUGGAAUCGGGGGCAAGGCAGUACGAGGACAUGAUGUAGACAAGGUGGAAGAGCUGAGCAAAGUGGAGGAUCAAGUCAUCAAAGUGAUGUUUACAGCAGACAAAAAUUCAUCCCUCAGGUGGAAAUUUACACCACAGCAGAGUUUUGUGAAUGUUGCUUUAGGAGAGACUGCCCUUGCAUUUUACACAGCUGAGAACCCUACAGAUGAACCCAUUGUUGGUGUGUCAACGUACACAGUAAACCCUAUAGAGGCUGGUCUAUAUUUCAACAAAAUCCAGUGUUUCUGUUUUGAAGAACAGUUACUGAAGCCACAUGAGAAAGUGGAUUUACCCGUGUUUUUCUACAUAGAUCCAGAGUUCCAGGACAACCCUUUCCUUGCAGACUGUGACAAUGUGGUUCUGUCCUACACAUUUUUCCAGGCCAAACCAGGACUCCACCUACCCUUACCUGGCUUUCAUUCUGCCAAGUCUUGACCACUGGUCAGGCAAGGCGUUUUCACUGCUCUAAGGUGAACUGGGCCUCUCCACUUGGCCAGGUAGACUCUCUAGUGUGUUCUGUGCAGCUGUGUACCUGAUAAAUAAGACUUUAUAGUGUUUAGUUGGACUCAAGAGAAUAAUUUACAGGUAUAAUUUUGCUUUUGAAAACUGUGAUUCUGGAUAAUAUAUCUGCAAAAAUGCUUCAUGGACUUCAAUAAAUUUGUACAUAUUUUGACCCUAUCUGGUAUUGAUGUAAGUACAGACACCUGUCUAUUGCAACCUCUGAGUAUUCCGAGGUCCUGUAGCACUAAAUAAAACAAGUGUGACGUGAUACCUCAAUCUGUUUUGUCCUACAGGUUGUUAGCUAAGACAGGUUUCACUGUAUUAAAAGCAAUGUGUAAACUUUCUGUGAUUUUGUAAAAAUAAUAAAUUAUAGAAAUUAUA